CGCUCAGUUCUUUGAGGGUAGUUAGUUGGACAACGGCGUUGCCGAAAACGGGCCACCUCAGCUGCCGCACAACCAAUUUUUGGCCAUGUACAUAAAACAAAACCGGUUAAAAUCAAACACAAAAUGCAAUUAGCCAACCACAGAGGGCCACUAACAAGCACCGCAGAAGUCAACAAACUAACUAAAAAGUGUCAUCAACUAAAUUAGUGCAAGCAGCAGAAGGAAAAGUAGAAGGAGAAAGAGCAAGGGAAAGGUAGCAAAAGGGCCAGACGGAAACGGAAAUGCCCAUUGAGCCGACAACGCCACCGUCUGACGACUGCAACAACAGCAAUAAAAGUAACGAUACAACACUGCCCUGCCCCCACACACACUACCCCACACAUGUAGCUUCUUUGUGAGCCAGUGCAUUCGGUGUAUGUGUGUGUGUGUGUGUGUGUCUGUAUGCGUGUGAGCCAACAAAUUGUUGCGGCUAAUAGAACAGGAAGUAAAGGAGGAGGAGCUGCAGCAGCAGCAGCAGGAGCAAAAGCAAUUUUCAUACGCCCCCAGUUCGUCAGCGAAAAUCAUUCAAAAUUCAUCGUCUAAGCAAAACGGAUGCAGCGCGCACAAGAGAAAGAAUUUAAAUCGCAAAUAGAAUCAAUCAAAAUCGUGCAUAUCAACCGAGAGGAAACCGACAACAAAAUAAACAAAGAAAAAUAAGCAUAAAGCGAAACAUAAACAGAAACCAGAGAACCAUAAUCAAAGUUCUUCGUUGCAUUUAAAGGACACCAAGGAUAUUGAUAUACUUGUGUUCCUGCCUCUGCCUUCUCUCCGACUCCCCGACUCUCUGUGAGUGUGUGCGUGCUACGGGUUAUUGCAUGCCGCGGAUGAGCCGCGGAUUAUGUCACGUGACGAUUAUAAUCCAGUGAAUAGCUCUGGUGUGCGCAGUCCGGGUCGCGUGCGGCGGCUCCAGGAAUUGCCAACUGUCGAUCGGUCACCAUCACGGGAUUACGGCGCCCCACGCGGAAGUCCUCUAGCAAUGGGCAGUCCAUACUACCGCGACAUGGAUGAGCCAACCAGUCCCGCCGGAGCGGGCCACCAUCGCAGCCGGAGCGCCAGCAGACCACCGAUGGCCCAUGCCAUGGACUAUCCAAGAACCCGCUACCAGUCGCUGGAUCGUGGGGGCCUUGUCGAUCCGCACGAUCGCGAGUUCAUACCCAUACGCGAGCCCCGCGAUCGUUCGCGGGACAGAUCGCUGGAGCGGGGCCUCUACCUAGAGGACGAACUGUAUGGGCGGUCGGCACGCCAGAGUCCAAGUGCCAUGGGCGGCUACAAUACGGGCAUGGGGCCCACCUCGGACCGUGCCUAUCUGGGGGAUCUGCAGCACCAGAACACCGAUCUGCAGCGCGAGUUGGGUAACCUCAAGCGGGAGCUGGAGCUGACCAACCAGAAGCUGGGCAGCUCGAUGCACAGCAUCAAGACGUUCUGGUCGCCGGAGCUGAAGAAGGAGCGGGCGCUGCGCAAGGAGGAGAGCGCCAAGUACAGUCUGAUCAACGAUCAGUUGAAGCUCCUUAGCACAGAGAAUCAGAAACAAGCAAUGCUGGUGCGUCAGCUGGAGGAGGAGCUUCGCCUAAGGAUGCGACAGCCCAACCUGGAGAUGCAGCAGCAGAUGGAGGCCAUCUAUGCGGAGAACGAUCAUCUGCAGCGCGAGAUCAGCAUAUUGCGGGAGACGAUCAAGGAUCUGGAGUGUCGGGUGGAGACCCAGAAGCAGACUCUGAUUGCCCGCGACGAGAGCAUCAAGAAGCUGCUGGAAAUGCUGCAGGCCAAGGGAAUGGGUAAAGAGGAGGAGCGCCAGAUGUUCCAGCAGAUGCAGGCCAUGGCCCAGAAACAGCUUGAUUUGGAGCGUGAAAUCAAGAAAUACGCUCAGGAGGAGCAGGGGGUCAGGAUGUACAAUAACUACACGGGCGUCAGCGGAUGCAGCCCCCCACUGCCAGACAUUAUCGGACAAUAUUACGGACCGCCUGCACACGCAUACGGCCCUGGCCCUGGAAACGGCUAUGGUAACGCGUACGAUCUGUACGGACCCUCCACAUCGUCGGGAGGAUAUUUAUAUGAUCCGGGCGCAGCUGCUGCUGCAGCCGCCGCUGCCCAGAUCUACGGCCAGAGCCAGACCUCGCCCAUACGCCGGAGGCGGUACAGCAUCGCCGGACUGCCCUCGGCCACCAUGUAUAACGACGUGUACGGCUACCCAGCACCGCCACAGCACCAGACAAGCUCCUCGAACAUCGUCAACCUGCUGAACGAGGCCCACAAGUCGAUAUCGCGCUCCUCCCAGAUACUCAAUCUCACGAACCAGGCGCGCCAGUUGGGCCAACUGGUGACCACUCCCCUUGGGGUUUGUGGCGGCCGGGUAGUUUCCAGCUACCCCACCCUGCACCCUGGCGAUACCUCGCCACCGUACCUCAACGACAACCUGAUGCAAAUGUCCACGAGCUUCUCCUCCCAACCGAACAUGUAUUUCCAGCCGCAGCCACAGCAGGCGCCGCUACCCACGCAGCUGACGGCUGCCCAGAGCGCCGCUGCAGCGGCUGCGCGCCUGAGGCCCGCGUACUCCGUCACCAACCUGGUGUCGGGGUAUCCGGGCUCUGCGGGCCUGGGCAUGGGGAUGGGAAUGGGAGUGGGAGUGGGGGGAGGCUGCAAGUAUGGAAUGACGGGCUACGCGAAUCCCUAUCAGAGUGAGAUGCAAUCCGGCUACGGAGGACUGGGCCUGGGACUGGGCCUGGGGCCGUUCCAGCAGCGGCAGCUCAUGUCACACUCCCUGCACGCCUCCAACCCCGCCAUCUCACAGUACUAUCAGCAGCAGCAUCAGCCGUCGGCCAGCUCUGCCGCGGCCCUGGCCUACAAUCUGCAGCAGCAGUUCGCCGGAAGCCAUCAUUACGGGAGCGGGGGCCAACCGCCGCUGGGACACUCGCACAUCCAGGCCUCGGUGCAGCAGCAGAUGCAUCCGCAGUACCAGUACCACGUGCACCAGCACCAGAACCACCUGCAGACCCACCCCCUGGCGUCGCUGGCCAAUACGAGUGGACCGUUCGGAGGGACUCUGGCCAGCAGUGCCAGGGACGCGGUCACCGGAGCCGCCUACGAUGGACUGCAUCACUCGCAUCCGCAUCACUCGCAUUCGCAUCUGCAUCCGCACUCGCAUCACUCCUCGCAUAACCAUCACUCGGCAUAUCCGCACUCGCUAUCGCACCAUCAGCAGCAGCCGCAUCAACAGCAUCAUCACCACCAUCUGCCAUACUCAAAACUAGACUUAGAUUAUCCGAAACUGCCGCAAGAGCAUAAGCGACAAUUGGACGAAUUUCGUCUUGAAAUACAAAGAAGGGAUCAAGAGAUCCUGGCGAUGGCGGCCAAAAUGAAAACACUGGAGGAGCAGCAUCAGGACUAUCAGCGGCACAUAGCGGUGCUCAAGGAGUCGCUAUGUGCCAAAGAGGAGCACUACAACAUGCUGCAUUCGGAUGUGGAGGAGAUGCGGGCCCGCCUCGAGGAGAAGAAUCGCCUGAUCGAGAAGAAGACCCAGGGCACCCUGCAGACGGUGCAGGAGCGCAACCGCCUGACCAGCGAGCUGACCGAACUCAAGGAUCACAUGGACAUCAAGGACCGCAAGAUCAGUGUGCUGCAGCGCAAGAUCGAGAACCUGGAGGAUCUGCUCAAGGAGAAGGACAACCAGGUGGACAUGGCCCGGGCCCGUCUCUCGGCCAUGCAGGCCCACCACAGCAGCUCCGAAGGUGCCCUGACCAGCCUCGAGGAAGCCAUCGGCGACAAGGAGAAGCAGAUGGCCCAGCUGCGCGAUCAGCGUGAUCGGGCCGAGCACGAGAAGCAGGAGGAACGGGAUCUGCACGAGCGUGAGGUGGCCGACUACAAAAUCAAGUUGCGCGCCGCCGAGAGCGACGUGGAGAAGCUGCAGACCCGCCUGGAACGGGCCGUCAACGAGCGGGAGAGGCUCGAGAUCAAGCUGGAGGCUUCCCAGAGCGAGCUGGGCAAGUCGAAGGCGGAACUCGAGAAGGCCACCUGCGAGAUGGGACGAAGCAGCGCCGACUGGGAGUCCACCAAGCAGCGGAUCGCCCGCCUCGAACUAGAGAACGAGCGGCUGAAACACGAUCUGGAGCGUUCCCAGCUGCAGCUAGAAGAACAGACCACACUACACAAAAAUGUACAAAAGUUAAUGUUCGAAACGGGCAAGAUAUCGACAUCAUUUGGCAGGACAACGAUGACCACGUCCCAGGAGCUGGAUCGGGCCACAGAGCGAGCCGACAAAGCGGCCGCCGAGCUGCGACGCACCCAAGCCGAGCUGAGAGUCACACAGGGCGAAACUGAAAAACGUUUUUCGGAUGCGGAACGGGCACGUGAAGAGGGCGCCGCCCUUCAGGAGAAGCUGGAAAAGAGUCAGGGCGAGGUGUAUCGGCUGAAAGCGAAGCUGGAAAACGCUCAGGGCGAACAGGAGAGUCUGCGCCAGGAGCUGGAGAAGGCGCAGAGCGGCGUCUCGCGGAUCCAUGCCGAUCGCGAUCGGGCCUUCUCCGAGGUUGAAAAGAUCAAGGAGGAGAUGGAGCGCACCCAGGCCACGCUGGGCAAGGCGCAGCUCCAGCACGAGAAGCUGCAGAACUCACUGGACAAGGCCCAGAACGAGGUCGACCAUCUGCAGGACAAGCUGGACAAGGCGUGCACCGAGAACCGUCGCCUGGUACUCGAGAAGGAGAAGCUCACCUACGACUACGACAACCUGCAAUCGCAGCUGGACAAGGCUCUGGGACAGGCGGCGCGUGUGCAGAAGGAGCGUGAGACCCUCACUCUGGACACUGAUCGCAUCCGGGAGAAAUUGGAGAAGACUCAGAUGCAUCUGGCACGCAUCCAGAAGGAGCGGGAUCAAUUUUCAGACGAGCUGGAAACGCUCAAGGAGCGCUCGGAGUCCUCACAGACGCUGCUCAUGAAGGCCGCUCGCGAUCGGGAGGCGAUGCAAACGGAUCUGGAGGUGCUUAAGGAGCGCUACGAGAAGUCGCAUGCCAUACAGCAGAAACUCCAGAUGGAGCGGGACGAUGCCGUGACCGAGGUGGAGAUACUCAAGGAGAAGCUGGACAAGGCACUGUACGCAAGUCAGAAGCUGAUCGACGAGAAGGACACCUCGAACAAGGAGUUCGAGAAGAUGCUGGAGAAGUACGAUCGCGCCCAGAACGAGAUCUACCGACUCCAAUCGCGUUGCGACACCGCCGAGGCGGAUCGAGCCCGCCUGGAGGUAGAGGCGGAACGAUCGGGUCUGGCCGCCAGCAAGGCCCGUGAGGAUCUGCGCAAACUCCAGGACGAGAGCACGCGGCUGCAGGAGGCCUGCGAUCGGGCGGCACUGCAGCUGAGCCGAGCCAAGGAGUGCGAGGACAAUGCACGCGGCGAACUGGAGCACCACCGGGAUCGCUUCGACAAGAUGCAGACGGACAUCCGCCGCGCCCAAGGCGAGAAGGAACACUUCCAGUCGGAGCUGGAGCGCGUCACCUACGAGCUGGAACGGGCGCAUGCCGCCCAAACCAAAGCGGGCGCCAGCGUGGAGGCUGCCAAGGAGGAGGCAGCCCACUACGCAGUGGAGCUAGAGAAGAUGCGCGACCGAUACGAGAAGAGCCAGGUGGAGCUGCGAAAGCUGCAGGACGUGGACACCUUUGGGCGCGAGACGCGACGCCUCAAGGAGGAGAACGAGCGGCUGCGCGAGAAGCUGGACAAGACGCUCAUGGAGCUGGAGACGAUCCGCGGAAAGUCGCAGUACGAGUCGGAGUCGUUUGAGAAGUACAAGGACAAGUACGACAAGAUCGAGAACGAGAUCCAGAACAUGGAGUCGAAGCUGCACGAGACCAGCCUGCAGCUGGAGCUCUCCAAGGGAGAGGUGGCCAAGCUGCUGGCCAAUCAGGACAAGCAGCGCUCGGAGCUGGAACGGGCGCACAUCGAGCGCGAGAAGGCGCGGGACAAGCACGAGAAGCUGCUGAAGGAGGUCGAUCGUUUGCGCCUACAACAGUCCUCGGUGAGCCCCGGCGAUCCGGUUCGCUCCUCCGCCUCCACCUCGGGGUUGUCGGCGGGCGAGAGGCAAGAGAUCGACCGGCUGCGCGAUCGCCUCGAGAAGGCGCUGCAGUCGCGCGAUGCCACCGAACUGGAGGCCGGUCGCCUGGCCAAGGAACUGGAGAAGGCGCAAAUGCAUCUGGCCAAGCAGCAGGAGAACACCGAGUCCACGCGCAUCGAGUUCGAGCGCAUGGGCGCGGAGCUGGGACGCCUCCACGAUCGGCUCGAGAAGUCCGAGUCGGAGAAGGAGUCGCUCCGCCAGGCCAGCCGCAGCAGCGGAGGCGCAGCUGGAGGCGCUGCUGCUGCCGCCCAUCCCCAGCUGGAGAAGCACGUGCAGAAGCUGGAGACCGAUAUCAAGCAACUGGCCAUGGAGCGGGAGCAACUCGUCCUGCAGCUGGAGAAGAGCCAGGAGAUCCUCAUGAACUUCCAGAAGGAACUGCAGAACGCCGAGGCGGAGCUACAAAAGACGCGCGAGGAGAACCGAAAGCUGCGAAACGGCCAGCAGGUGCCACCGGCAGCCCCCGCCGAAAUUCAGGCCAUGCAGAAGGAGAUCCAAGCGCUCCAGCAGAAGCUGCAAGAGUCGGAGCGAGCUCUGGCCGCGGCAGGACCACAGCAGGCGGCGGCGGCAGCAGCGGCAGCGGGCGCCAGACCCGAGGAGAUCGAACAGUGGCGCAAGGUUAUCGAGCAGGAGAAGGGACGCGCGGACAUGGCCGACAAAGCCGCCCAGGAAAUGCACAAGCGCAUCCAGUUAAUGGACCAACACAUCAAGGAUCAGCACGCCCAGAUGCAGAAGAUGCAGCAGCAGAUGCAGCAACAGGCGGCACAGCAGCAACAGACGGCGGCAGGUGCCGCAGCCGGAGCCGGUGUCGAUGCCAAGGAGCUUGAGAAGGUCCGAACCGAGCUCCAAGCCGCCUGCACCGAGAGGGAUCGCUUCCAACAACAGCUGGAAUUGUUGGUCCAGGAACUCGAAAAGAGUCAGCUCUCGAAUCAGGAGCAGGCCAAGCAAUUGCAGAACUCACAGCAGCAGGUGCAACAGUUGCAGCAACAGAUUCAGACGCUGCAGCAGCAGAUGCAACAACUGCAGCAGGCUGGCAGUGCCGGGGCAGCUGCCACGGAUGUGCAGCGCCAGCAGCUGGAGCAGCAGCAGAAGCAGCUGGAGGAGGUGCGCAAGCAGAUCGACAACCAGGCCAAGGCCACCGAAGGCGAGCGGAAGAUCAUCGACGAGCAGCGCAAGCAGAUCGAGGCCAAGCGCAAGGACAUCGAGGAUAAGGAGAAAAAGAUGUCCGAUUUCGAUGUGCAGCUCCGCAAGCGCAAGGAGCAGAUGGACCAGCUGGAGAAAUCCCUCCAGACGCAGGGCGGCGGCGCAGCGGCCGCCGGCGAGCUCAACAAGAAGCUCAUGGACACGCAACGGCAACUGGAAGCGUGCGUGAAGGAGCUGCAGAACACAAAGGAGGAGCACAAGAAGGCGGCAACAGAAACGGAGCGUUUGCUGCAAUUGGUACAAAUGUCGCAGGAGGAGCAGAAUGCCAAGGAAAAGACCAUCAUGGAUUUGCAACAAGCAUUAAAGAUCGCUCAAGCCAAAGUAAAACAAGCACAAACGCAACAACAGCAGCAGCAGGAUGCUGGGCCAGCUGGCUUCUUGAAGAGCUUUUUCUAAACAAACAAGAAAAACCAACAAGCCCCCACACACCCACAGCUACAUAUGCAGAUGCAGAUAUUUACCUAAUACGAUACGAUAAACGAGAAGAACAAAAGCAAAAAGAAAAUAUACCAAAAGCACUGUCUACUAUUUUGUAUACUACCGAUGCCAGAUACUUAUACCAACUACAUAAAUACCUACAUAAAUAUGCAGCAGUAUUUCUAUGUACAACUCUCACAUAUAACACACACCACACCACCACCACACCCACACAUUUGUAAAUGACACUAUGUAAAUGCGAAAUGAAAAUGCAAAAUGCAAAUUAUUUGAUAUAUUUAUGUGUAUGUAAAAUUAGGUUGCCGCUAUACUCAAAUUAUGGAUGCAUUUAAAUGUCAGCAGCAGCUCGCUCGUAAAGCUUAAUUUUUCUCGAACUUUCUAAACUCUCUCUCUAUCUCUCUCACUAACUCUCUCUCUCGAUCCUUUUUCGAACUCAACUUAAUGUUUACCGUUAGGCAACCACACACAACCUUGUCUCUCUCUUUCUCUCUGUAUUUCUAUAAAAACCACACCCAAACCAGAGCUUUCUGUCCAACACUUUCUCUCUGUCGUUACUGUAAAAGCUCAGGAACGUGACUACGCUACGUCUAGACUCUAGAGGCUAGACACCCACCACUCAAGCCCUGCAUUAGCCAUUGGUCUCCCAAGUGCGCGAAUGUGAUUCACAAGGGGAAGGAAACAAAAGAGAAGAUAAUUGACAAAUACGAGUACGAGUUAUCAUAACUAAUUUAAUAAACUGUCAAAGUAUAAGAUGUAUCUGAUAUGCUAGCCUCUGUUAUAGUUAGUAAAACAUUAACCAGUUCACUUUCCACACACAUUCCACACACUGUACAUAAUGCAUUGACAUCCAUCGUAGCCUAAAUCAUACAAUACAACAAGGAGAAGAGAAGAGUAUUGAUGCAGAAUAUACAAAUACCAUAUGUAGAGCAAUAAAUUAUACAACAAAGAUAAUACAGAUAUGAUAUAGAUAUUGGGUACCAUAUAUUAUGUACUGUACUAUACAUGUAUAUUGUAGUUACAUGGAUUGCUAUUACAAAUUCUAUUUAGGCGUGUACCAAAGAACUAUACAGAUCCAGUGGGGACGGACAAAGAAUAAGCAGAACUUAAAGAGAGAAUUAAUACCUAUAAAUCGUAAAAAUUAAUAUGUAUAACACCGAUAAUAAUAAACUCCGUUAAACGUUACGAGUACCAUUGUACCAACACAAUUUACAAUGUAUACUUAUUUUCCAUUAAAUCAAUCACACGCCACAACAAGAAUACAACUCCCAACUAGUUGAUCUAGUUAGUCGUACACAAGCUUUACUUUUGUCAGCUGUGAAUCUGCAUUAAAUAUCCGCACAUACUCGAACUCGUAGCAGAUAUAGGAGAUUCCAGUGCCAGUCUAGUCCAAAAGUCCCUCGUACAUAUUUCGUCUAGAUGGAGUGCAGAAAGUGUUAUCAAUAAAUGUUAUCGAUCAUAUAUGACCUCUAUAUAUGAUAUAUAAAUAUAAAUAAUCAUUUUAUACGAUACCUUAUACCAUAGAGAACAUAUUCAGCAUUUUGAUUUGUUUGGCCCACACUCACCGCCCUACGCCCUUAUAAUUUGCAUAUCCAAAAUGUAGCUGAGACGAAAAAAGUAAAGAAUGAACACUGAAUGUAGAGAGAAGAGCAUGGAGCGGGGAACAGAAGGGAAUGGAGAAUGACGGAAUAAUCACUGCC